AUGAUGAAUCCAGCUUUUCGAGGCGCCGCGCGCCGCGCAUCGUGCAACUGGCGAGCAGCAAACCCUGCGCGGCGCGCGAAUCUUGGUCUUUCCAGCACAUACAACACCUCGCCACAAUGGCGUCUCAUCCACUCCAACUCACGUCGCAGCCCUCAGCCUGCCGUCUCACACGAACAGAUCCAAGAUUCCUCGAACCCUGCCAUGUCGUUUCCCUGCCUCGAUGCCCAGGAUGCCAGAACCGCAACCCUCUCCGCGCGAUCCCUAAACUCGGGCCCAGAGCCGUCAUAUACUACCGGCCAUCACGAAAACUUCCACAGCAAGGAACCUUUUUUGCUAGACUGGGGCGGUAUACUUCCUGAAUUCAACAUUGCCUACGAGGCUUGGGGAACCCUGAAUGCAGACAAGAGCAACGCAAUCCUGCUGCACACUGGUUUAUCAGCCUCCAGCCAUGCGCACAGCACCCCUUCAAAUUCAAAGAAUGGAUGGUGGGAAAAAUUCAUUGGACCAGGAGCACCCUUGGAUACGAAUAAAUACUUUGUCAUUUGCACAAACGUGAUCGGCGGAUGCUACGGAAGUACAGGCCCUUCGUCUAUCGACCCAUCCGACGGCAAACGAUAUGCGACUCGAUUCCCUAUCUUGACAAUGGAGGAUAUGGUUCGCGCCCAAUUUAGACUACUUAACUCCUUGGGAAUCAAGAAGCUGCACGCGUCAGUCGGGUCAAGUAUGGGAGGCAUGCAGAGCUUGGCUGCCGGCGUGCUAUUCCCGGAAAGAAUAGGAAGAGUCGUUAGCAUCAGCGGAUGUGCACGUAGCCACCCAUACAGCAUUGCGAUGAGGCAUACACAGCGUCAGGUUCUGAUGAUGGAUCCUAACUGGCAGCGAGGAUUCUACUAUGACUUGAUCCCGCCUCACUCCGGAAUGAAGCUGGCACGUGAGAUUGCUACAGUCACCUACCGGAGUGGGCCUGAAUGGGAAAAGAGAUUUGGAAGGAAGCGAGCAGAUCCCAGCAAGCAGCCCGCCCUGUGUCCAGACUUCCUCAUCGAAACCUACCUCGACCAUGCUGGGGAGAAAUUCUGUCUCGAGUAUGACCCAAACAGUUUAUUGUACGUCUCGAAAGCGAUGGAUCUCUUCGACUUGGGCCACGACCAUCAAAAAGAAACUCGUGCAAGAAGAGAACAGAAUGCGAAGAAUGCUGCGCAAGGCAAGGUUGAGACCAACGAUGCCUCUUGCAGUCUGACGUUGCCAGACCAGCCGUACGAAGAACAGCCCUCGGUCACAAGUUCCGUCACGCCGAUGAACGAGCCAGCCACGGGUGAGUUGACAACCGGCCCACCCGAAGAUCUCGUUCGCGGAAUGGCGCCUUUGAAGGAUCACCCAGUGCUGGUGAUGGGUGUCGCAAGUGAUAUUCUCUUCCCGGCGUGGCAGCAACGUGAGAUUGCAGAGACCUUGCUCGCAUCUGGUAACAAACAUGUCGAGCAUGUCGAACUAGGAGAGGAUGUUUCGCUCUUCGGACAUGACACGUUUUUGCUGGAUCUUGAGAACAUUGGUGGAAGAUUGGGAAAGUUUUUGGGUUAA